GACCGUGGCGAAAGUGCGCACGGGAAACGCCGCGCGCUUCCUUCUCCCGCCGCGCCGCCGGCCGGAAGUCCCCGCUCUGAAUGGGUCUGGAGCCGCCGGCGGCCGCCUCCGCUGCGUGCGGCCUCCACGCCGGGCGACUCUGGGUCUCGGCUCCCGUCGGCCGCUAGGGUUCAUGUGGAGGCUCCCGGGUCGCGUCGCGCUUCGCGGGGUGCGCGCGGCGGGGGCGGCGGCGGCGGAGCCGGGCGGCCGGGCGGAGGCCAUGGAGCGCGCCGUGGUGCGCUGUGUGCCCUCGGAGCCCAAGCUCAGCCUGUCGUUCGCGCUGGCCGACGGCAGCCACAAGAACAUGCAGCGCGACCAGAGCGAGCCCCUGGGCCGCGCCCUCAGCCGCAUCGCCACCAACGCCCUCAAGGGCCACGCGAAGGCGGCGGCCGCCAAGAAGGGCAGGAAGAGCCGAGCGCGCGCGGGCGGCGGCGGGGCGGCGGCGGCGGCGGGGCCGGAGGCGGCGGCGGAGGGGGAGGCGGCGGCGGGCGAGCCGGUGGUGAGGCUCUUCUACCGCGAGGAGGCCGUGGCCGAGGACGUGCUCAACGUGGACGCCUGGCAGGACGGCGCGGUGCUGCAGAUCGGCGACGUCAAGUAUAAGGUGGAGCGCAACCCGCCCGCCUUCACGGAGCUGCAGCUGCCGCGCUACAUCAUGGCCGGCUUCCCGGUGUGCCCCAAGCUCAGCCUGGAGUUCGGGGACCCUGGCAGCUCCGUGUUCCGCUGGUACAGGGAAGUCAGAGCCGGGGCGGCGGAGCCGGGGGAGCGCGGCCUCGCGGCGGCGACGGCGACUUCGUCUCGCUCCCUGCCGUCGCCCGCGUGGGCCGAGACUGGCGUGCAAGAGCGCGUCUACACCCCGAGCAACGCCGACGUCGGGCUGCGGCUCAAGCUGCACUGCACUCCGGGCAACGGGCAGCGCUUCGGGCCCAGCCGCGAGCUGGAAAGCGUGUGCCCCGUGGAGGCCGGGCCCGGCACCUGCACCUUCGACCACCGGCACCUGUACACCAAGAAGGUGACCGAGGACCCCUGCAUCCGUACUGUCUCCUACAACCUCCUGGCGGACACCUACGCCCAGACCGAGUUCUCUCGGACAGUCCUGUACCCGUACUGUGCGCCCUACGCCCUGGAGCUUGACUACCGCCAGAACCUCAUCCAGAAGGAGCUCACGGGCUACAACGCAGACCUCAUCUGUCUGCAGGAGGUGGACCGCGCCGUGUUCGCCGACAGCUUGGUGCCCGCCCUGGAGGCCUUCGGGCUGGAGGGCGUGUUUCGGAUCAAACAGCACGAAGGCCUGGCCACUUUCUACCGGAAGUCAAAGUUCACCCUUCUUAGCCAGCACGACAUUUCUUUCCAAGAAGCCCUGGGGUCGGACCCACUGCACAAAGAACUCCUCGAGAAACUGGCUUUGAACCCUCUGGCGCAGGAGAAAGUACUCCAGAGAUCGUCUGUCCUUCAGAUUUCAGUUCUUCAGUCUACAAAGGACCCUUCUAAAAAGAUAUGUGUUGCUAAUACCCAUCUCUACUGGCACCCAAAAGGUGGAUAUAUUCGUCUCAUUCAAAUGGCAGUAGCCUUGGUUCACAUUAGAAAUGUUUCAUGCAAUCUCUAUCCUGGCAUACCAGUUAUAUUUUGUGGAGACUUUAAUAGUACGCCGUCAACAGGACUGUAUCAUUUCGUCAUCAAUGGCAGCAUUACAGAGGAUCAUGAAGACUGGGCUUCCAAUGGGGAAGAGGAAAGAUGCAACAUGUCUCUCACUCACCUUUUCAAACUGAAAAGUGCUUGUGGUGAACCUGCUUACACAAAUUACGUUGGCGGCUUUCACGGGUGUCUUGAUUACAUUUUUAUUGACUUAAAUGCUUUAGAGGUUGAACAGGUGAUCCCGUUACCUAGUCAUGAGGAAGUUACCACCCACCAGGCCUUACCUAGUGUUUCUCAUCCCUCUGAUCACAUAGCACUAGUAUGCGAUUUAAAAUGGAAAUAGAUUCUGCUUCAUUGAGUCUGAAAAGGAAGCUAGUUACUUAAUUUAGUAUGAAUCAGAGCGUAUAUAUAAAAAUCUCCAAAGAGGAAAUCUAGACACAAAACUUUAUUAUGGUCAUUCCCUACUAGUUCCAGAUGGCUUUGUUACAGAACCAAUUCAUAAUGUUUGCAUUGUAUAUCUUUAUCUUCUUUUUAAUUUCCUACGUUUGGAGAAAAACAUUUAUGACUAGCAAGGAAAAAAUGAAUUACUGUGUACAUUUUAUAAGUUUUUUUAGCUGGUAAUUAAGAUUUUUAGGUACUAUUUGAAUAAUCUCAUAACUUCUUUCAUAAUCCAUUUUACAUUGAAUUAUGUUCAUAUAAUUGGGGGAGGAGGAGACAUGCAGGUAAAAGUGAACGACUUCAGAGAGACAUGGAAUAAUAAUACAUCAGUCUAUCACUACCUCAGUUUGGUUAGAAUUUAUUAUAAUUUUAGAGCUUUAACAAAAGAUUAAAAUAUGCCAUUACCAAUUUUUAUAGCUUCUUUAAUUUUAGUUAGCAAGGUAUUUUCCUUCUCUUAUUCCUAGCAUUUUUUUAGUAUACAAAUGAUGGCACAAUUGCUCAUAAUUUGUGUUCUCAUUUGCACUUCAGCCCAUUUUAACAGUAAGAUGCAAGCACACUGAAGUAUUCAGAGGGAACAGCAGCAUAACUUGAUCCCUUGUCUUCACUCUUACUCAUGAAAAAUAUUUGUAAACACAGGGCACAUGGCCAUAUGAUGUGAAAGAACAGCACAGUUAUGAGAAACUUCUGAUAGGGGCUUCAAGUUGUACUUGAACCAUUGAACAUUUCUAUGCUGGAAGUGUUUUCAAAAGUAGUUUUUGUAAGAAGGAAAAAGGGAGCCAGGCAUGGUGCUUUAUAGCUGCAAUCCUAGCACUCGGGAGUCGGGUUGCUUUGAGUUCAGUACUAAUCUGGGUUACACAGUUUAAGGCCAGUUGCGGCUACAUAAAUGGAAAAAAGGGGGACAGUGAGCUUUUGCCAAUAUCUGAAACUUUUUAUAGACUUAAGCGUUAUAGUUUGAGUAACAGAAGUGUCACAUAAUUUAUAUAUAAAAUUUAAAAAUGAAGCCAAACAUUUUAAGGAGAAAUUACGAGUUGUAUUGAUUAGUAUCUAGUUUAGAUAACUUCAAGUUUUACUAAUUUUGUUGUUAUCAUACCUUACUGGUAAUGCUUUAGCUAUUGCUUUUUGGUGUUCAGAAUUAACUGUAGCAUAGCUCAUAUUUCUGCAGUUAAUUUCUGGCUUAGAUAGUAAAGGCCUCUCACCUCAAAAAGAGGUCUGAUUUUUUUUUCCAAUCUUGAAGCCUCUAUUUCAAAAUUUUUCAUUUCUAGCCCAAUACCAUAAGAACUUUCCUCUUUUAAAAAUGUGUCUUCUCACCCAUGUUCUUCUAAUAUAGUCUGUGUCUUCAUAUUCUACAGACACCCUUAAGUUAGCUUAAGCAUUUUUAUCUGCACUAAAGAUUGAACCUCUUUAUUCAAAUUAUUUAAAGGGAAAUAAUCAUUAAGGUGGUAGUUUCUUGGGAUCUUGUUUUUAAAAAAUAUAGCUCACAAAAAAUUGAUGCUACCAAAUUGUGCCUUCCUAAAUAUGGUAGUGGGUUCUUUUGUUUCUCUUCCUGAGGAUCAAAGUCAGGGCCACUAAGUUACAUUCCCAGCCAUAUACGUGCUAUUUUUUUAAAAGAGCAUUUCAAUGGCAGUUUAUGUUGUCAGAAGUAGUUCUUUUGCAAACAAAAAAAAUUUUUUUCCAAGAUUAUUUCUGUGUUGCUGGGGAUUGAACCUAGAAUCCUGGGCAUGCUAAACAUGUGCAGCACUGCCAAACUAUAUCAGUAACACUUUUCUUUUUAAAAUUGGGGUUUGUUUUCCUUUCAAUAAGCAUGUUGACAAACUUUUAAACAGACUGUUAAUUACUCAGCAAGAAGUUAACAUUUUGAAAGAAAAAUAUGUGAGAUUAUUUAUACACACACACACACAAAAUUCAUCAAGAUCCUAUAUUAACCCCAUGGUGGGCUUGAACUGUGAUCAGAGAAACUAGGAUUUACCAAGCAUCCCAAGUCCUUAAAUUUGAUAUUUGUGGAUUAAAUGAUAGUCAGGUUAUACAGGUAUUUCAGGCAUUCAGUCAAAUCUCCAGCACUCAAAUGUUAGGAUGACUGGAGUACAAAGAUAGGGAACACUACAAAAAUUCUAUAAAUAUACAAAAUCCACUUGUACUUACAAGUUAGUACAAGGUAUUAAUCAGAGUGUUUAAAGCUAUCUUUGUAAUUGUGAUUGAAUUUUUCUAUUACUUUUGAAAUUUUUAGUACAUUUAAUUUUAAUGAGAAAUCUAGCAACUUUGGAGUAAAUCACAUUUUAUGUCACAAGUUCUUGCUGAAGGAAAAGUGAAUAUUUUAAAGAAUGUUAUUCUGUUAAAACCAACUCUUAUACAUUUGUCCCCAUAACAAACACGGUUUAUAAUUCAUUAGCAAGAACAUUUCUGGCUACAGUAUUCUGGCUUUACUUCCUUGGUAUGUUCAGGUUCAUCCAUGUUAGUCUGUACCAAUACCUCAUCUUUUACAGCCAAAUAUUUCUACUGCAUGGAUAAUACAUCUUGCUUAUCUGAACAUUUGGAUUGUUUCUUUUGCUAUUGUGACUAGUGCUAGGGAUAUUUGUGCUCAAAUUUUUGGUUGAGCUUCCAUUGUUUGGCAGUGCUGGGGAAUCAAAUCCUGGACUGUAUGUAUGUUGGGCAAAUAUUCUACCACUGAGCUACACACCCGACCCAGAGCAUCUAUUUUUCAGUUCAACUAUAUACUUCCGAGUAAAUUACUAGAUCAUAAUCCUCUUUAAUUUUCUGGAGCCAGACUUUCUUACGACGGUUGCACUAUCUUAUACACUGGGUUCAGUUUUCCCUUCAUCCUUUCAAACUUAUUUCCACAACUUUCCCCUAACCCCACUAAGACAGCCUUUCUCUGUAUAAUAGCCUUGACUGUCCUGGAACUCCCUUUGUAGACUUUUAGAGAUCCGCCUGCCUCUGCCUCCUGAGUGCUGGGAUAAAAGGUGUGUGCCACCACAGCUAGGCUCUUAUUCCCAUUUAAACAGUCAUCCUACUUAAUGUAAACUGAUGCUGUAAUGACACAUUUUUAACUUUUGAAGUUGUUGCAGUCAUAACAUGCUUUAUUCUAAAUAGUUUACCCAACCUUUUUCCAGAGCCUACCUUCAGCAACUGCUACUAUUUUUAUGAGUUUGUGCCAAGUGGAAAAGGUCUUACUGCUUCCUUUAAAGAAAACUGAAAAAUACAACACCUUGAAUAUAAACAAAAAAAUGAUGGCAAAAGCCUAAGAUGUUCACAACAAAAGGUCAUUUUUUUAUACUUCAGCAAUUUCACAGAACUUACUUUUAAAUGGGAACACUAAAUCCAUAGAUAGCAAGAAUGAAUACAAAUUACUGAGAAAAUGAGAUGUAUAAUUAAAUACAUAAUCAUAAAAAGUUCAAGCAAUUUUGGAUUUUUUUUUAAAUCCCUAAAUUCAAGGUAACUUUUAAACUGUAAGCCAAUAAAUUAAGCUGACAUUUACUCUGAUAGGGGAUUACUUGACCGCCUUUAGUGUAUUAACAUACAGAUGCUAAAAUUUAUAUAAGAGUUAUAAUUUCAAGCAUUAAGCUUAAUUAAGUUGGCUGGUAGCAACCUCUAUAUAACAAUGAAUGGCAUUUGAAACAUUAAACCUGAGCCUGAAGAGACCACUCUGAUUAAGAGUGCUCAUUCUUCCAGAGGACCUGGAAUUGAUUUCACAGCACCCACAUGGUGGCUCACAACCUCCUGUAACUCCAGUUCCAGGAAUCCAUCUCUGCUGGCAUCUCGGGGUACCAGGCAUAUACAUGGUAUAUGACAAGAUACAUGACAGGCAAAACACCCAUACCCAUAAAUUAAACUUUAAAAAGUAUAAAAACUAAAAACAAACUCGGAACAAAAAACUGCCUGCCUCUGGAGUACUAGGAUUGAACAGCUUGUUGAGAGCUGUUGGUAUUUGUAAGUCUGACACCUAAAAGAAACCCUGUACCUAUAAGUAGUAACCCUGUUUGCCCUGACAACCCUUUACCUACUCUUGUUGCCAUGAAAUGUCUGUUUUGGACUUUCAUAAAUGCGAAGAAACUGGCUUCUUUCACUUAGGCUGUUUAGGUACUUCCAUGUUGUAGCGUUAAUACUGUUGGUUUUUUUAAUGAUUUUCCAUUGUUAUACUACUUUUACCUAUCUACAAAUUGAUGGGUAUUUGUAUGCAUUGCUUCCACAGAUAAUGUUGCUAUAAACAUUUGUGUAUAA